AACAGCUUAAACAAACGAGGUGCUUGUAUCGUUGAACGCUGCACAAAGGAAUGUCUCUUAUAAAUUUGCUAUACUGGAUCUUUUGGCAAGACUUACUGGAACAUUCCACAUUUUGGUCGCAAAGGAUCAAUACCUCUUUAUCCCGCGGACAGAAGACCAGAUUACCGAGAUUUUAGUGUUCAACAUCAAAGAGCAAAUAUCCCCCAGCCGAGGCAGGGGCUACAUAGCUGAGUAAUGCAUCCAGUUUUUCAACGAGAAGAUGGAUGAAAAGUCCAGCAACAGUCGUCUUCUAAUCGCCUUUGUUAUGGUUUUGUUGUUUGGCGUCAUUGUUCUACAGUAUGUCUGUCCUAGUUCAGACUGCCAGUUGCUGCACCUUGGAUCAUUGUCCUCCAAGUUGGGAAACAGAGCGCCUGGUGCCCAAGCAGGGAUAAACGAUGGUCGUGAUGGACGCAGUGGAGACCCAUAUGUUGCAGAAGACGGUGCCUUAGCCCGUUUCGUACCUCGUUUCAACUUCUCGGUGGAGGAUCUCUACCGAGUCGUUGAUUUCAAUAUCAAGGGAGACGACGUUAUUGUCUUUCUUCACAUCCAAAAAACUGGUGGCACAACUUUCGGACGUCACCUGGUACGCAAUAUUCAGCUUGAGAGGCCUUGUGAUUGCCAUGCCGGUCAAAAGAGGUGUACCUGUUACCGACCCGGUAAGAGAGAAACGUGGCUCUUCUCCCGAUUCUCCACCGGUUGGAGCUGUGGACUUCACGCUGACUGGACUGAGCUGACCAAUUGCGUGCCCUCGGUCAUGAACAAUCGAGAACCACAAGAGAGACGGAAAAAUCCAAGCAGGAAUUAUUAUUACAUUACCAUCUUGAGGGAUCCUGUGUGGCGCUACCUGAGUGAGUGGCGACACGUGCAGCGUGGUGCCACUUGGAAAGCUUCGCUACACGUUUGCGAUGGACGUGCACCCACUGUGGCCGAGCUGCCCAGCUGUUACUCGGGCGACGACUGGUCCGGCUGUUCCCUGGAGGAGUUCAUGGCGUGUCCGUAUAACCUAGCCAAUAACAGGCAGACACGCAUGUUGGCCGACCUCAGUCUGGUGGGUUGUUACAACUUGUCCGUCAUGACCGAAAGCCAGCGCGGAGCCGUGUUGCUCGAGAGCGCCAAACGCAACCUUCGUCGCAUGGCGUUUUUUGGCCUCACCGAGUACCAGCGUAAGACGCAGUACCUCUUCGAGAGAACCUUCCGGUUGUCUUUCAUCGCGCCUUUCACUCAGCUUAACGGCACACGCGCUGCCAGCGUGGAGGUCGACCCCGAGAAGCAGCACCGCAUUCGGCAGCUUAACCAGUGGGACGUGGAACUGUACGAGUACGCCCGCGACCUCUUCCUGCAGCGCUUUCAGUUCGCCCGUCAGCAGGAGCACAGAGAAGCUCGCCAACGCCGGCAGCAGGAGAGGCGACGGCUGAGGGCUAAGGUGAUGCCCUGGUGGGGGAUGCCAGAAAAAGAAGCCAAUGCCGCUACCAAGGAGCCGCCGUCGCGGGCACGCUCGUUUCCGGCCGAAAGCUACUCAGAGCAACAGCCAGAAGACAGAGGGAAGACCCAGGAGAAUGAGUCAGAGAGACAGUUAGAUGACUCUUGGUUGGAACUGGAGGAAAAUGGAACCAUGGAGGACUAUAUGUACAAUGUGGAACAGUGGCGGUAACCAUAGAAACCAUGUGAAUUUUAGGAGAGGGGUAGAGUGGGCAGAGUAGCAUCAUUGAAAUGAACUGUAUGUUUUCGGCCGUAUGGCUUUCUCACUACUUUAAUUCAGUGCUACCUCGGAGUCUGGAGGUAUUUACUGAAAAUCCAAAACACUAAUGUAUGAUUGAUAUUUGCACAUAUAUAAAG